AUGUCGCUUCUUAGCCAUUCCGAAAUCAGUACUCUUCAUCAAGCUAGCAAAACAGAGCUUACUUAUAUCAGAAUAUGUGAGAAGAGUAAUGAUUACCAAAUUGACCCUUCAACAUUGCUGUACCCAGGAGAAACGGAUGAGAAUGGAAGGCCGUUGAUUCCUGCGCCCUCUCUUUUCACAGAUCUUUAUUCAAAGAUCGAAGAAGAUUCAUCAUCGCCUAAGCAGGAUUUACCGACAGUAGGUCAAUGUGCUACACACCUGGAGCUUCUCGAGGUUUUCUUUGCGUUACGCGGGAAAAUAGUUAAUUCCGAGACACUCGACGAUACCUUCGGAGUGAAGGUAGUAAAUAAUAUUGUGUACCGGAAAAAGUACGAUACCAAAAAGAGAAAGUACAUUUAUGCGCCAGUCCGACUGCGAGAUACUACAUUCAAGGAUAGGCGGAGAGAAAAAUGGUCUUACUAUCUAUCUAUUGCUGUCGAACGAUUCAAAACCUGGAUUCGAAAGGCGGACGAGGCGGCAUUGGACCGGAAAGAUUUACUUCCUUCAUCAACCGAAGUAGUUCUACCAUGCUUGCCUCCAAUAGAUGUGCUCAUGGUCUGGCACGCCUUUUUGCUCAAUCCUCUCUCUUUUGAUUAUUAUUGUAGGCGCCAUAAACUGAAAGUUAUUCGGCAGGUAAAGUUUCCAUGGGCACAAAUUCACAGUGCAAUAGACUCGAACGACUGCACUUAUAACCUUCCUGGCGAGUCAAAGGAUUGGACCAUACAAGUCGCUAAUAUGGAGCCCGAUCUUUACCAAUAUCUCGAAGUCGUCCGUAUAGUUUCACGUCCCAUUUAUAGGGCAUUGACUAAAUAUGGCGACAAGAAUGUACCUAUUGGGAGUUUGUGGGACUACUUAGAGAACGCACUUUUGACUCAAAAAGAAAAGCUUUUUCUUGAUCUUUUAAUAAAUAUCCAAAUGAAAAAGACAAAAAGCCAGUCACUGAUCGAGAAUGUCCAGCGUCAGGCCACGUUUGUGGACAAGAUGCACGAUCAUCUCUGGAUCCGCAGUCCUGCUGUAGAAGGAACUCUUCGUCGCUCACUCGAUCGAUAUGACAAGUUCGUCAAGCUUUUCCAACUCUAUCCCAAUAAGAUGCUGGUGCCGACCUUGGACAUCGAUCUUGUUUGGCAUACUCACCAGUGUUCUGCGGCGCACUAUGAAGAAUCGAUGCUCGAACGCACGGAUCGCUAUAUAAAUCAUGACGACAAGAUAGGGCAGCAAACACUACAUGGAGGGAUGGAUGAAACGAAGCAACUAUUUCGUAUCCGGUUCGGCGAAGACUACUCGCCAUGUUUAUGCUGGGACUGUGAAACAAUACUCACGGCAUUGGAAAAUCUUGAAAAGGAGGAUAACUUAUUUCAAGAGGGAAGCAUGGAACCUCUGACAAAACAUGUGCAAAAUUAUGUACAAUACUAUCGAGCCGCGGAGUUUGCCAGGCGCCUUAGCAUCGACCCUAAAGGAAUUAGGGUGUGA